AUGCAUGGCAAGCUUAUUUCUUGGGAUAGCCCACUCAAUACGACACUAUCGACAAUGAAAAUUGAACACAUCUACCAGGGGACUCAUGUUACAGUGCCAAGCCCCUUGGUCGAAACUGAGGAUUGGUUCGCCAGAAACAAAAAGGAUGCAGACUGGGUGGACUGCGAGGUCGGCUACCUAGCAGAAACUUGCCAAGAUAACAAUAUUCGAUUCGGAUAUCUGCGCUUCAUUUCAGAUAAUGUGGCACAAAAUUACAUAUAUAGUCUUGCAACAGAACGCCAGGAAGCUGUCAUAAGUGCGCGGAAAGAUAUUUGGGACAAAAUCAGACAAGUCCUAGCCGCGCAUUUAGGUAUAGAGGACUUGGGAGGGAAUAUGCAGGAGCAUCUUUGUAAAAUAAAGACAAGCAUUCAAGUUCAAUACGUUUCGUUCAUAGUGUAA